AAGCCGCCCUAACCCGCCGCUUUCCUGCAAACAAAACCCUUCCGCCCAAACCCCCACCAUCCUCCCCGCAAACCUUUCUACCAUUCGGCCCCCAUCCAAACCCCGAAACCCCGAGCGUCGUCGGCGUUUCCCCCUCUGCUGGAUCACUCUGUCAUGCGGCGUUACCACAGGCCGAGGAUGCCCGCCGGAAAGGCAAAAGCGAAGCCCCAUCGACGAAGCUCGCCGGCGGUGAGAUGCGGCUCUGAAGAGCAAAAGUUGUUCUAUAGAGAUGCCAAAUAUGUGAGCAAGUAUAAGAAGUUGCGAAAGCAGCAAAACCAGGAAGGUGACAUUCUUCCAACAGGUUCAGAACAUGAGGUUGGGAAUGAUAAGGAAAAUAUUCCAAAGCCAAGCAGGAAUAAGAAGAAGAAAAAUAGUUUACAGAGCUUGAGAGAGGAGUAUGAGAAGAAGCGUGCAGAAGAUGAGAAGGCAAGGAUGGAGAGAGAAGCCAUCAUUCAAGCAAAGAAGGAAGAAAGAGCGAAGGCUGAAGCUAGAAGGAAGUCUCUGAGGGAGAAAAUGCUUAAGAAGACCAGAUCUGGUCAACCUGUUAUGAAAUACAGAAUUGAGCAUCUUUUAGAAGGUUUAAUCGAAAGUUCUAAAAAGUAGAUGGGACAUGUGAAAGUUCUUGUAAACGAUUGUUUCUUAACUAGUUUUGACCAUAGGUAUUAUGUUUCUUGCCCUUCUUAAACCAGUAGCUUGUUACUGGGCAGUUGGAGUUUGACCAGAAUGCGUAUACCAUACCAUCAGCUGUGGGUCUUUAAGAAUGGAUCCUCUGUUUCAUAUUCCUUU